AUGAAGAAAAUAAUUUUUUUGAAGAACAAAGUCAGCAUAUUGGAUAUAGGACAAUUAUUUGAAGCAAUCAAACAAGAAAAAUCUUCACGAUCCUUAUCGUAUUUUCGUUUACCCUGGCGAGAAACUGAUUUGGUUUUAAAAGCUAUUGGUGGAGUUCGUGCAAAGAGCUACAGUAAAUGGGGUAUAAUUCUGGUUGAACAAGAUUUAGAAGGAUUUUUCGAAGACAACAGAGGUGGUAAACAUGAUGUAAGCUUCUACGAUAUCUAUCUUGAAUUAGAAAAUUUAGUCAAACUAUACGCUUUGGAUGCAUGUAAAAGAAAGGCAGCAUCUUUUACUUCUUCGGAACUUUCUGGAUAUCUAGAUGAACAAUAUUAUGACUUAGUUGGACAAAAAUUACUAUUUCGCCAAAGUUUCAUAGUGGAUUUAAUGCGAUCGAAGGUUUAUGGAUGUAUCUAA